GAAGGGCCAUAUUGUCAUUUGCAUCCUUUCAUUAGGGAUCCACAGGAUGCUCCUUUGGCUCACCGGGCGACACUGAUCCAAGCAGAUCUUACCAUCCUCCUAACUCUGAAUCCUUCCACUCGAGCUGCAGCAUAAUGCGGAAUUACCUCAAGAUGCUCUUCAAAAGCUCUCCUGAGUCCAAAAGUCAGACUCGACCCUCAAGGGGAGGACCACUUCCUCCUGGAGUCUGUCUCUCUCCUAUAGGUACUACACCUCAACUUCAAAAUUCGGAGCUCGAAGCCAUCGCGUCUCGGCUUAGAGCACAUCUCUCCGCUGAACAUGAAAGUUGCGACAGGACAGACGAGACGAUGGCGAGACUGUUAGACGCAUUGGACGAUAGAUUACGAGUUGAGCAAGUUACGCAAUACGAUCCGUCCAGCCAAAACCGGCAAGAAGUAGAUGGCAAGGGCAAGCAGGUCGAAACAGGACAAUUGGCAGGAGCGAGUCAAGCCUGCAACGGAUGUCUAGAUACGGCUCAGAGACUUCUGCAAAGUCGAAAAGGCGAUCAGAGCUCAAAUGAAGAUCUGAUCAGCCGGAUCAUUGAUCUUUUGAAAGCUCAGAAGGCCGAAUUGGUGGACAUUAAGCUGUACAGCUCGGACGUUGAGCUACCAACUCUGGCGACCUUGAGAGACAUUUACCUCAAGGCCGAAUCUGGGUUGCGUAAGCUCUCCAGCUCUAGGAAGAACAGUGAAUCUACAGACAAGCUUGAAGGAUUCGUGCAGGUUCUGAGCGAGGGGCCGGAUUACCUUAUCGACAUAGCUUUGAUCGAAGCUAUUAUUCGGUAUGUGGAGGUCGUCGAUCUUUCGUGCGGAGUAGAGAUCCGAAGUGAAUUGGAUCGCGCCAUUGCAGAUCAUGGUUCACCUCAAUCAUUCGGACAAGCUGCUGAGAUGAUCGUCACUUUAUCCUCAACUCUCAAUAGCAAAGUUGGCAACGAGGCGCCGACUGAAGACGCUUUGCGAGCUAUCACCACACUGACGAGACAACUCCAACGCCGAGUAGCUCCCUCGACCUUCAACUCACGCGCUCACACACCCAGAACACCCAGCGUGGUCUCUGAUCCCAACCCUGCAUCGCCUGCAGACAGUCGGCAAUCCGCUACUUCCCACUCAUCAUCCUCUGAUCCUGAUGUUCGGAUUUACCAGAAUCUUGAUGCGAACGAGCUAGAAGCGCGAUUUGGCACAGGUCAUAUACCGACGGUUAGGCCAAAGCCAAAUGUACCCGCCACACCUCGCCGCGCUUCACAAGAAUCCGACCCGUCGGGAGAGAGUGAACCUGAAGUGUGGGAAUACCGAGGCAAUCUCCUCACUCGAUCAGCCCUCGACCUUGUCAUGAGACAAGAGCGCCUGGCAUUUGCCGAUUCAUCAGGACAGUACGCUGGUGAAAUUUCAUGGGACGAUCUCAGAAACGCUUGGAUCCCUGCUUGGGCUGAAAAGCUGAGACCGGAGGAUCUGGCAGAUGGAGAGGUACCAAAUACAAAUCCUGCAGAGUUUGUACAGAAGAAGGAGGAUGCUUGGGCGAACAAGAUUGGAUGGAGGGACGGUCAGAUGUACUAUCAUGAAGAGCCGAAGUUUACACUUCGCGAUUGAUGUGAUACGAACUGUUGAGUAUACUGGUACUUGAUAUGCAUCCCCUCUAAGGCUUCAAGGGAAUCCGCUCCAAGCCGGGAAGAUAGUGAUACCCGCCUUCCAAGCGCAACUUGUCGAAGAUCUGAAC